AGGUUGGCAGCUGUCAAUUGCCGCUAGCUGUGAACGAAUGUGAAUGUAGCCAAUCUGUGAGAAUAAUACUUCUUAGCGGUCGAAGUGCGGUGGAAGUCUACCGAAGUAUUUUAUAAAAUUCGAUUUGCAGAAUGUUCUAAUUGUGAUUAGUUUAUUACUUUGUAUAUACAUACAUGGAGCACUUACUUAGGGGCCGCUUUGGCCGUGUUAUAAUAAGUACGUAUGCGAAUAAUCCCUUAAAAUAUGGAAGGAAUGCUGUCCCAAAACGACACAUGGGAACCCUUUGGGCAGGCCGAGCGCUGGACAGAUCAAGACCACUUUUGUCUUAUCAAAUUCAGCAGAGAAGGCAGUAUGGAAUGCUGAUAGCAAGGGCAGUACGCGGCGUUCUCAAGUUGAGGUACCUAGUUCUUGGAGGAGCUGUUGGAGGUGGAGUAACACUGCAAAAAAAAUAUCAAGAUUGGAAGGAAGGACUACCUGACAUGAAAUGGUUGGAUGAUGUUAUGCCUGAUAAUGAUAAGUGGCAGCAAUGGAGAGGCAACCUGAUACAGCUUAGAGAUAAUGUAAAAGACAACAUUGAGAUAGAUCCUAGACUAAAGGCUCUCACUGAGAAUAAGUACAAGGACUUCCGUUCGUGGUUCGAUCAAAGAUUGGAUGACGCCAUUGCCGCAGCCGAGCAAUCCAAUGGCAACAAUAAAGCAAUUGGGCUCCUUGAUCAUCUUUCAAAUCAGGCCGAAAGACUGUACUCAGAAUCGAAAGAAGAGAUCAAAAAGAAAACGGUGGUGCAUGCGCUGCCGUUCAGUCAAACUGCAACCAAUGAUGAGGCUGUUCGGAAACGAGCCCAGGAACGUUUGGAUGGACUUCAAGAUGAAAUGAUGGCUACGCAAAUCAAGUACCAACGGGAACUGGAGAAACUAGAGAAGGAAAACAAAGAAUUGCGCAAGCAAAUUAUUUUGUUGCGUCAGGGAAGAAAACCUAGCACAAGACAAGUCAAGCGCAGUUUAAUUGAUAUGUAUAGUGAAGUCUUGGAUGAGUUAGCAGACUUCGACUCGGGCUACAACACUGCCGACCAGCUACCACGAGUUGUGGUCGUUGGUGAUCAAAGUAGUGGUAAAACAUCUGUGUUGGAAAUGAUUGCCCAAGCACGCAUCUUUCCACGUGGUGCAGGAGAGAUGAUGACCCGCGCACCUGUUAAGGUUACUCUUUCGGAGGGCCCUUAUCAUGUGGCGCAAUUUCGCGACUCUAGUAGGGAGUUUGAUCUCACCAAAGAAGCUGACUUGGCCGAACUUCGUAGAGAGGUAGAAUUGCGUAUGCGUAAUAGUGUCAGGGGUGGAAAGACAGUAUCUAGCGAGGUGAUCUCGAUGACUGUGAAAGGGCCUGGAUUGCAUCGCAUGGUGCUUGUGGAUUUACCUGGAAUUAUAUCCACACAAACCACUGACAUGGCGUCGGAUACUCGGGAAAGCAUUAAAGCUAUGACACAGUCGUACAUGAGUAACCCGAAUGCGAUUAUAUUAUGUAUUCAAGAUGGAGCUGUAGAUGCCGAGCGAAGUAAUGUUACCGAUUUAGUUGCACAGUGUGACCCUAGUGGCAAACGAACAAUAUUUGUGCUCACGAAAGUAGAUAUGGCCGAAGAGAAUCUUGCAGAUCCAAAUAGAAUAAGAAAAAUAUUAAGCGGUAAACUGUUUCCCAUGAAAGCACUGGGAUACUUUGCUGUUGUGACCGGUAGAGGACGUAAAGACGAUGCCAUUCAGACGAUCAAAGAUUACGAAGAAACAUUCUUUAGAAAUUCAAAACUCUUUAAGGACGUUGUUAAAUCGACUCAGGUAACUACCAGAAAUUUAAGCUUGGCUGUUGCUGAUUGUUUCUGGAAAAUGGUGCGAGAGACAGUUGAACAGCAAGCAGACGCUUUCAAAGCGCGACGUUUCAAUCUUGAAACCGAAUGGAAGAAUAACUUUCCACGUCUGCGGGAACAAGAUCGUGACGAAUUGUUUGAACGCGCCAGAGCUGAAAUACUUGAUGAAGUUGUGAACCUAUCUCAAGUACAAACAAAACAGUGGGAGGACAGUUUAAUGGACAAAAUAUGGGAUAAAGUAUCUGCGCAUGUGUUUGAAAGCGUCUAUCUUCCUGCUGCCCAAACUGGAAGUCAAGAAACGUUCAACACAUCUGUUGAUAUUAAACUCCGCCAAUGGGCCGAAUCCGAACUUCCUAUGAAAAGCGUUGAGUCCGGCUGGGAAACUCUGCAAGCUGAGUUUAUUCAAUUCAUUAAUAAGUCGAAACAGGCACCAAACCAUGAUGACAUUUUUGACUUACUUAAAGAUGCGGUUAUUAGUGAAGCGAUUAAUAGACACUCGUGGGAAUCAAAGGCGGCUGAGGUACUGCGUGUGAUUCAGUUGAAUACUCUGGAAGAUCGUACUGUAGGCGACAAACGCGACUGGGAUCAAGCAGUUAAAUUCCUCGAAUCGAGCGUGAAGGACAAGUUAAAAGAAACAGAGAUGGAUUUAAAAUCGUUACUAGGUCCGUCCACAAAGGAAAGAUGGAUGUACUGGAAAAGUUUAUCGGAUGAACAGACUCGCCGCAAUUGUGUGAAAUCCGAAUUGGAUAAGAUAAUUUAUUCAGAUGAGAAACAUCCACCUAUGCUUAGCUAUGAUGAACUCACGACCAUUAGAAAAAAUCUUCAAAGAAGUAAUGUCGAAGUGGACAACGAAUUCAUUCGCGAAAUAUGGAAACCAGUGUACCGGAGGCAUUUCUUAAAGCAGUCCCUUACAAAAGCGUACGACUGUCGAAAAGCGUUUUACAUGUAUCAUCAACAGAUGGAUGUUGACUGCGGUGAUGUGGUAUUGUUUCAUCGUAUUCAACAAAUGAUGAAAGUCACUUCCAACGCACUACGGCAGCAGAUUAUGAACAGAGAAGCUAGACGCCUAGAUAAGGAAAUUAAAGAAGUGCUGGAGGAUUACAGUCAGGAUAACGAAAAGAAAGAAACACUCCUAACUGGACGACGUGUGACGUUGGCAGAGGAACUAAAGAGAGUGCGUCAGAUUCAAGAGAAAUUAGAGGAAUUUAUUCAAGCUCUAAACAAAGAAAAGUGAAUCCGGUACCUGCAUGAGCAUGUGGCCAAUUAGACUUUUACAUUGUGUUUACUAUCGUUGAAAUAUUAUUAUCUUUCCCAUUAUUUUACAUUUUCUAUGCAAACGAUUUUUUGGUUAUCAUAUUUUUAAGAUUUCAGUUCGGGUAAAAAUAAUUAUUUUUACCCAAUCUAAUGGGUUUUAGUACCGCUAUUUUUCAAGAUGUCAUAAGAAAUUCCACAAGAUUGUGCUUUUAAUCACAGUUUGGUGUUGUAACAUGUGAAGUGGAGAUAGCAUAAUAACAUUGUUUGAUUGAUUGGUUUCAGACCAAAGAUGUAAUAUACUUGUUGCAGAUCUAAA